GUGCUUCCCUUCAUAAACAAAUCCAUUCAACACUUCCACUUGAUAAACUCACUCCCCAUUGCAUCAAACUCUCCUCCAUUUUCACUCCUCCAACCAACAAGUCUCCCACUAGCCCUAUCUCUCUUUGGUGCACAAAGAAUUUAUGCAACUUUAAACCCUUCAUUCCUCAAUCACAAGAUUCCUUCCUUUCUCUUAUAUAUAUACAUACUAACACCUACACACAUACAUAUAUACAUACAUACAUACAUACAUUUCUCUCUUCAAUGGGGAAUGCAGCUUCUUGUCUUCCUUCAGUUCUCUCCAAUGGGGGAGUGAAGGUACUGUUUUGUGAUGGAAAUCUACAAAUGUACACAAGACCAAUCAAAGCAGCAGAGCUAAUGGUGGAAAAUCAAGGACAAUUUGUUUGUGGGUCUACUGGUCUCAAAGUUGGUCAAAGGAUUCAAGGUGUUUUAGCAGAUGAAGAGCUAGAGAGGAGCCAAUUCUACUUUCUUCUUCCAAUGGAGCUUCUGUACUCUGUUCUUACACAAGAAGAACUGAAUUCAUUGACCAACAAGGCCACCAAAGCCGUCAAGCAUGGUAAUAAUAAUACAACUGGUUAUAACAAUUUUGGCAAGAUUUUUCCAGUUCUUAGUGAGUUCUGCAUGUUUCCGCCAUCGGAAGAGAAGAAAUCUGGAAGCGAUAUAGUUGUCGAGCCGGUUGAGAGGUACUCGAAGCAACGAUCAUGGAAGCCUGCCUUGGAAACCAUUGUUGAAACUCCAUGUACUAGAACUAGGCAUCGAUGAUAAUUAUGAACAAUUUCAUAUUUUAUUUUUAUUUUUUUGGAAUAAUGAUGAGUUUUAAAAUUAUAAUA